UAGGAGCCAGUGGAGCCCCCGAGAGGCGGUGCUUCUGCGGCAGCUUUUUAUUCUCGCUGUUGACAAAAGCGCCCGGAGUCGGUGGGCCUGGCUGGUCGGAUACGCCAAAAUGCUUUCACUUUCUUAAAAGUAACCUGGACCAGAAGCCGGUGGUGACAAAGCAAUCCUAAGAGCUGAAGAGGCAGCACGAAGGAUUCUGUGCCAAUGCAGCAACAAAAAAGACAGCCAGAGUUAGUGGAAGGGAAUCUUCCAGUCUUUGUGUUCCCCACUGAACUUUUAUUUUAUGCUGAUGACCAGUCAACGCACAAACAGGUGUUGACUCUCUAUAAUCCCUAUGAAUUUGCCUUAAAAUUUAAAGUUCUUUGUACAACUCCAAAUAAAUAUGUUGUGGUGGAUGCUGCAGGUGCAGUGAAGCCUCAGUGUUGUGUUGAUAUUGUGAUUCGUCACCGAGAUAUUCGACCUUGUCACUAUGGUGUGAUAGACAAAUUUCGGCUCCAGGUCUCUGAGCAAAGCCAGAGAAAAGCUUUAGGACGGAAAGAAGUCAUUGCAAUGUUGCUUCCCACUGCAAAGGAGCAGCAGAAGGAAGAAGAGGAAAAAAGGAUAAAGGAACACCUGACUGAAAGUGUCUUCUUUGAGCAGACUUUAUGUCAACCAGAGCACAGAAUUGCCUCUUCGGGGCCUAGUUUACUCACAGUCUUCCUGGGAAUAGUGUGCAUUGCAGCUCUCAUGCUUCCUACGUUAGGAGAAGUGGAUUCCCUGGUGCCUCUCUACCUCCAUUUAAGUGUGAAUCAGAAAUUAGUUGCUGCUUAUGUAUUAGGUCUCAUCACCAUGGUUAUCUUGAGAACAUGAGUGAUAAUUUAGUUGGAUGUCAAGAUUCUUCUUUUGUUAUUUUUUACUGUGUUAUAAAUUCACAUCAUGAAUGUGGACUGUCUUUUGACUCCCAUUUGGCGCAUUAAGAUGCUAAAGAAAGACGAUUCAGUGAUUUUAGAGUACUUCUUUUGAGUAAUAUUUUAACUAUGUUUAACUGCAAAAGACUCAAGCACUCUAAGGUGCUUCUGUUACAGACUGCUAUAAAUUGUUUAGUGAAUGAAUACGAAGAACUUUUAUAUCUACGCCUACUGUACAAAAUCUUAUUAAAAUAACAUUUUGUUGUUUUUUUUAAAUCCAUGUUCACAUCAGUGUUUGAUCACCAUAAAAGCCAGCAAUUCUCCCUGCAGCAUUAACUUGUCUGCUCCAUGCCUGUAAGUAUUGCAGUUAGUGCUAAAUGACUUUUAUGUACAGAAUAAAUCCUGGAAUGGUCAUACUUUAUAAAAAGUUGAUCAUCCGACAGUGAAAGCACUAAAAACAAGACAAUAUCGUGUUUACAUAGGAAUAUAGUUCCUUCAUACAUCUUUGACAAAUGUGGGACACAGGGCUUUUACUCUCAGCAAUGGUAUCAGUUUCUGUUAAAACAUAUUGCCUUGAUUCUUAUGCAUUGAUGCUUACCUUAAUAACUCAGCAAGGAUCCACUUGGUACAAAUCCACUCCACCAGGGGGAUAGAGACUAACAUUCCCUUAACUUGGUAUUAUCUACUUGAUUAUGUAUAGAAACAAAGACAAAGCCUCUAUCUUCAUGUAUGUAAUUAAAUAUGUUUGGUUUCCUUCUUUUGCAAGAAACUGAUGUUGAAGAUUUAUUUCUACAAUUUGUAUACUUUUUCCUCUCUUGCGUUCCUCAUCGGAAACAAGUUGUUAUCCAUUUGGCAUCUUCUGUUUUAUCUCCUUUGACUAGUUCAAAACAAAUUCCUCCUGUUACCUUCCUUAGUUACUACCAUGUUGGAGUUAUUUCAUUCUCAUCCAAAGCUGUUUUAUUAAAAGUUUAAUGCACUUUGA